AAAAUACAAAGAACUAUAUUAUCAUAUUGUUGCCCGUUGUGGCAUGUUUUGUUCUGUUAAUUUUUUUACUAUAAAAAAUUUUGACAUAAUUACAUUAACGCGUACGCGAAGUACGAACGACGCGCCGCCGACGAAAAUAUCAGAGCUGAGUGUGCGUCGCUACGCGUGUAGUACGCCUCGGCGACGCGACGUGGCGCGUCCAACUCCCGCUCUGAGGUUUGACGAGGUGUCACGUGACCCACGCUACCCGCCAUCUUCCUCAUCGUAUAAACAGUCCGACCGGGCGCAGCGCGAAUUCUCGUCGUAGAACCGUGGAUUUCCCAGUGUUUGUAAGUGAUUCGUGCACGAAGCGAUGUCCGACGCCAAGACGGAGACGAAGAACGACAACAAUGUCGAGGAUGCGUCCAAGGAACAGUCAACGGAGGAGAAGCCGACCCCGACAAAAAACAAACGAAGCGGCACCAAGAGACUUUCCACCCUCGAAAGAACUGCUCAGGAAGGCGAGGCACUCUUAAAGGGCAUGAACAAAUCCGUUGGCGAAGUAGAAGGCAGAAGACGCACCCGCAGUUCAGCCAGAGGCCUAACUUCAACAACACCAGUGCCAUCGCCACCCAAGAAGGAAAAAAGAGAAACAUCGUCGAAGGGCGGCGGCGGUCGUGGACGUGGACGUCCCAAGAGGCAAGAAAAGAAUGAAAACAACACGGACGAGGAAACAUCUAACAAUAAAAAUGAAAAGCACACGGAAGAGGAAUCUACAAAGAUGGAGGUAGAUGAGGAAAAAGAAGAGAAAGAGGAAAAGGAAAGCAAACUGAUACAGAAUGAGGACAAAAAUGCGGAGAGCGUUGACAGUAAAGACAGUAAAGACACUGAAAAAAUAUCCGAGGCUAAUUCCAAGGAUGAGAAAGUGACGGAGGAAUCGGAGAAUGUGGUGGACGAAGCUAAAAGUACCGCCCCCAGCGAAGAGAAAAAGCAGGAGGAGGUAAAGGACAGCUCGGACUCGAGUCAAGAUGCAACGGACGCCGCAGCGGAAGCGCUACCUUUAUCUUCAUCGGAGUCUCAAAAUCCCUCCAACACUGUUACUCCCGAGGAAAAUAAGGAAUAACCUCCUUUCGCCUGUUUUACCACUACUUUUAUGAGGUACCAAGGCGGCGCACAUAUUGGGGUCACACAAAUCCAGUCCCCCUCGUCUAUUUUAACUAAUUAACACCUUCUUGUCGAUCGUUGCUUCAACCAGCGCAUUAGAGUCUCAUUUUUAUUUUAUCAUUAUUCCCAGACAACGCAGCUUUUUGAAAAACACGAUAGAAAACGUCUACAAUGUGUUUUAGAAUCUGUUGCACAGAUCUGAAAUUAAUUCAGAUUUUAUUUUCUCCGCCUAUGUUGUACCCUAUCUGUACACAACAUAGUCUAGAAAGGAAAGCUAAGUAAACUAAACUGAACUUGAAUGAUCAGUACUUGAUUGUAAAAUUUCACGAAUCGCUUAUAGAAUUUUCAAAUUUGUUUUUGUUGUUUCUUUUUGAAUCUCCAUGCUGGGUCAUUGUGUUAUAUUUCCUUCAUUACUAUUGCAAGAUUUUCCUGAUAUAAACUUUGUAGCCAGAAUGUUUAACGUCGUGACAAAUUUAUAAAUUUUCACGAUCAGCGAUCCUUUAUGAUAUGUGCAUAUCAAGUAUAUGAUGUUUGUUUUAAAUUUUGUUUUACUCUCGUCAAAUGCUGAAAACCUUUUUUUUUGCGCUGGUUAGUUAGCGAUAAGCAACGCGAGGUGUAGAGCAUACGUUGUUCAUGUACAAUGAUAAUAUUAUUGUAAAAUAUAUUUAAUAUGGACUUAUAUAUAGAGAAAAGUUGUUUUCAAAUCAGAACUGACAUCCUGGUUCUGUAGUGUAACGCCUACGAUUCAGAUCUGAUAUGGAAGUGGCUAAAAAUUAAUUCGUACAUAGCAAAUUACUGUAAUACCUUUAUCGUAUAUAAAUAGUGACUGAAUGAAGUGAAUUAUAUGAGAAUUAUGGUGAAUUGAUUUCUCUUUUUCAUGGAUUAAGCGAAAAAUAAAAUUUCUGAGAAGCGCGCCGCAGCGUUAUCUGUUGUUUUCCUCCCUCGCAUAUACAUCCGCCAUUAACUGUCUACUAAUAACUUUCGAUAAACAGACUAACAUUUAAUAAAUCAAAUGUUGUCAUUUUACGUCUGGAAGCAAUCGGAGAUACAAAUUAUUGAUGAUUACACGAAGAUUUUUAUUACCGCGAUUUUUCUUGUAAGAUCUUUCAGCAGUCCCGUUUUUAUUAGUCCAAUAUUAAAUAUGUUAAUAUUAUUGUGUAUCUGAACUGUGUUGUGAGUGUACAGAUAGAUUAUACGAUUGAUGCACUAUAUCUAGAGGAAUUCAUUAACACACUUGAUGAGACACCAAUAGUACUAUGCAAAUCUAAUCGCAUGUUUUAUUGUGUAAAUGUGUAAAAUGAGAGGGAGAGAGAGAGAGAGAGAAAGAGAAAAAAAGCGAGCGAGAGAAAGAUUCUCGUAAAAAUGCGGACUUGAACGCAGCGAAAACGGAUGAAACUUGAGGAAUUCUUGGCCUCAAACAUCAAAUAGAUUUGCCUACACCAAGUCGCAGCACGAGAGUAUAGUAAACUAUAAGCAUUUCCUUGUACGUCGCACUUCCGAAGAAUGUUUAUUUAAAAAAAUGUGCGGAGAAACGUAGAAUUUACCAUUCCAUUUUUUCUUCUUUUCUUUUUUCCGUUAUGUCAAUGUCAUUCGAGUGUGUCCAUCUGAGAUUUUCGACUGUAAAUAGCGAAGAUCAAGUGUAAUAUACGUGUAAAUAAUUUAACAUUAAGCUUCGUGUAUCACACUGGACCUUUUCUUGAUUACCUUGCGAAAUCUCAGUUCUUAGAGUGCCUCUAGCGUUAGCACGUUGUAUGAUAUGCGAGCGUAGUAUUCCGCCGAUCAAAAUCAAAAGAAAAACCCUGUAACAGCGAGUCUACCUAACUAUCGCUUUUGAAAUGUAUCGCAGAAGUAAUCUUUUUUUUUGCAUAUAUACAUGGGGAAGAUUAUUGUAUGGUUCGAUAUUAGAAUUUCUAUGAAAUAUAUGCAGAUGUAAGAGUGAUUUGUUAACCGAUUAAUCGCUCAAUCGAUGUCAGUCCACACCAAAUUCCAUUGUUAGCUAAUCGAACAAGAACUCUUUUGCUUUAUUAGCAUUCUCGUAGAUUUAUUCAUCAGGACAUUUAUUAUUAAAUUUCAGGAUAAAGUAGAAAUAUGAAUAUCUUAUAUGAAAAAGUAUCUUCUAUAAAUUGAAUAAAUUUCUAGUAUUAUAACAUCAUAUUAUUCCGAUUGAUCGUAUAUAUACAUUUUACCGAAUAUUAAUCUCUGUCUAUAUUAAAACAUAUGAUAUUAAACAGACCCUUUUUAUUACGAGCCUGCAGUAGCCCUAAAUGUCUUUCGUGUCAUUCUAUUUAAAAAAAAAAAAAA